AUGGACGCCAAAGCCGCGCCCAUCCCCGCGGUAUCCGCGCCUGCCGCCGCUUCCCCCGACAGCGCCUCCCGGCCCAAGCCGUGCUGCGUCUGCAAGGAGGAAAAGUCGAAACGGGACGAGUGCAUGCUCUUCUCCACCGCCGCUGACCCAGCCGCCGACUGUCGGUCGCUCGUCGAGCAAUACAAGACUUGCAUGCUCGGAUUCGGCUACAAAGCAUGA